ACGCAAAACAAUAUAUUUCAAAGUUUUUUUUUUCUCAAAACUAAAUCUCAUGCACCUCCACCAGUACCAAUCAAUAAUAUCGGAAAAUGAAAUAUCGAUCGCAAUGUUUACAUUGUUUACAUUAACAUUGCGAGCGACGUCGUCGUAUGUGUGUAGCAUCAACACGAGGUUACAUACGCUCGCGUGUUGAGUAAUUUUCAACUCAGUGAAGAAAUAAAGCAUUAAUGUGAUCUCAACGCUGUUCAUCUGCCAAGAUGGGUCGUGUGUUCCUUGAUCACAUGGGUGGCACCAGACUCUAUUCUUGCGCCAACUGUGAUUCCAAUCUCACCAACAGAGCCGAGUUGCUAUCAACAAGGUUUACUGGUUCAACAGGGAGAGCAUUCCUCUUCAAUAAGGUUGUUAAUCUAUCAUACAGUGAUGUACAAGAUCGUAUGAUGAUCACUGGCCGGCACAUGGUGCGCGAUGUCUUCUGUAAGAAUUGCGACACCAAGUUAGGCUGGAUGUAUGAAUUUGCAACAGAGGACAACCAGAGGUACAAAGAAGGUCGCACAAUUCUGGAGAGGGCACUGAUCACCGAAAGAGAUGGUUUUGAGGAGCCCAACACAAGUGAUACAAGUAGUAAUUGAAGAUCUGGUUACUCCAAACAUGUGCAAAAAGCAUUCAUAACUUGAAGGUUAACUUCUAUGAAUAAGAUGGGUGCCAUGCUAUGGACAUAGAGAGAAUAUGAAGAAGUAGAUUCGAAGAGAGAAGGAUUGACUGUAUCCAGAUGGCAAUUCACAGUGUAGAAGGUUGGGAGGAGUCAUGUUGUGUACAUAUAUACAUUACUCUGUAUAUUUCUUCUUUAUUUGGAUAUGAGAAUAAGACCUGUCAUUAUAGUUCUAUCGGACUGCUCUUACAACAGAUCGGAAUGUCACUGGCUUGUACACAGCUUCCAUCGAUUUCCAGUCAAAGUAACAAUUUUAAUGACAACUUUAAUAGAAAUGUCCAUUUCUCAAUCCCAACAAUCUAGCAGUCAAUUGAGAAUGCCAAGAUGAAUCUAAUGAAGAUGUUAGCUUUAAAAUGAUAAUGAAGAUACAUUUACCUGUGAUUGAAUGUCUGUACAUAAAUGCAGUAUUGUUUGAUCUUUGUGUAUUUUCAAGACAUGAUCCAUCAUUUGAACCUUUCUACCUUUUCGAUAUAUGUCCCUUUUAUUUGAUCAUGUACAUGUAUAUGUGAAGAUUUAAGGAAUUCUCGAAUUUAAGAGGGGAAAAUGCAUCCAGGUUUUUGUUAUAGGCCUACUUUCAAAAUAUGCUGUUUAAUGUAGACCAACUUCUUCAGUGGAUCUAUAUUUUUUCAUUCAUUAGCUACAUGUAUACUCGGAACUCUUAAUAGCACUGACAAGACAAUGUGUAUGAAAAAUGCGACAUUUAAGCACUGUGAUAUAGUCUAAAUUUAUGAUCGAAAAAUUUACAGAAUAAACAAACAUAUUCACUUACAUGUAGAAAACCUUAUUAAACUUUUUUUUAAUUUCUUAAUUAAUUGUUUUAAAAAAAAUUGUUUGUGCAACAAUAUUGGUUUUACAUGUAGGUACUAUUUUUUUUCAUCAGUGAAUCAGAAUUGAAAGAAACAAAAGCAGGGCGCAACAAACCCGCUUGCCUGGGGCAAGUGAAAAUGACGUGCGGGCAAGCAUUUCUCAAAGUCAAUUGCCCGAUCGGGCAAGUGGUUGUUUUAGAAAUAAAAUAAUAAAAUUUCAAUAUCUUUUGGAUAAUCACACAUAUCUCAUAUUAUGUCAAACAGUAAAAAAAAAUAGUUGAAACUGAUGUAAAAUCAGCGCCAGUUACCAAUAGUUUAUCGCCAGGUACCUCGUUCGAAAAACCAUGCCAUCGCAUUUUACGUUCUAUGUGUGCAAUGACUGCGCAUGCGCUACUAUCUUGCACAAUUUGCCGAUGCAAACCAAAAAAAAAUGGCCAUCUAUUUUCCAUAUUACCUUGAAAUUGUUUUGAUUUAGUUGGAAACUACCGAAAAAAUGAAGAAUAUUCAGCUCUUUCUUAACUCUGAUUUAUGAUGAUGUUACACUCGGUAAAUGUUUUUUAUUAUUGUGGUCCCACAUGUAGACUUUCAUGGUGUUGACCAAGUUCAAAACGAUCAACGAUCGUUUUCUGUUAAUGUUGUAACACCAUGAAAAAAAUCAUGAAAGUCUACAUGUACAUGUGGGACUACAAUAAAAAAAAUAUUGACCAAGUGUAACAUCAUAAAAUGAUGAAGAAAAGACAAGAGAGAGGUGAAUAUUCUUAAUUUUCUUGAUGGUUUCCAACUAAUUAAAAAAAAUUAAGGAAAUAUGGAAAAUAAAUGACCAUUUCAUGGAAUUAAAGAUGCAAAAUGUUAAAUUUUAGCCACUCCACUUUUGAUUUUUUUUUUAAACAUUAUUAAACGAUUUUUUCAGAGUCAAUAAAGAGCUGAAUAUUUUUCACUGGCUUUCUUUAUAGUUUUCAACUAGGUAAUUGAAAACAAUUCUAAGGAAGUAUGGCAAACAGAUAACCAUUUUGUGGAUUUAAAGUUGCAAAAUAUGAAAUUUUAGCAACUUUUGGUGAAGGUUUUCUUUUAAACCUUAAAAGCCCAUUUAUAAAUAGCGAAAGUUUUUUUUUUGAAUAAACGUAAUGACUCAGGCCUACGUUGCUGAAAAUACCCUUUUAAAUGUGUGUUCUUUUAUACUGUACACGAUUCUCAAUUGUUCUUAUUUUGUAUGGCAUAUGAAAAUAAGAGUAGUGCAGUCAUAAUUAAAAAAAUUAUAAAACAAUUGGGCAAGCAUUUUUUUCUAUUUGGAAAGCAAUUUUUUUCAUCACUUGCCCGACAAGGCAAGUGACGAAAAUUUUUUUUGUAGAGGCCUGCUGAAAUGAUUACUUUCAUAACAUUACUACAAGGACUAGUGAGUAUUUGGUAAUCAUAUUGAAAUGUAUGUUUCAUUGCUAAGACUGAAUUGGUUAAUAUUUUGCUGGAGAGACGUAGCUAUUGAUCUGAAAGAACUUUAGUCAUUGAGGGUAAUGAAUUUUAUUAUUUGAGAUAAAGAGAGAGAGUGUGGGUGUAUGUGAUGGGUUGGGUAAGGAGCAGGUGAUGUUAUAAUGGGAUUGGGAAAUAUAUAUUAUUACAUUAUUUUCUUGUACAUAGAUACAUGUAUAUUUUUUUCUAUAAAAAUAUAGGAAAUAUUUGAAAGCGUUAAAUUUACUUUAUUGGAGAUGUAAGGUAGCAUAACAAGUUGUCUGUUGGUGACUGCAUUGCAUGCAGGAUUUCGUAUCUGCUUGCCCAAUCCCACUUUUAACAUGUCUAUGCAGAAAUAAUAGGAUAAGAUAGGCAAAGGCUGGAUGGGAAUCCUGCGGAAAGAUGCUGAAAAAAUGGCUCAAGCUUUGGAUAGGGAGCUGAAAAAUAAGAGUGGCAUGAAAUUAUAAGAAAAGUAGCAGUUAACCAUUUCACUGUUAAAUCAUUGGCUUAAAUCAUUGAUGUAAUAAGAUUAAGGGUAAAUCAAUACUUUAGAAAUUCUUAAUUGGACAAUGUUAAUUUUCGAUUCACAGAUUACAAAUACAUUUAUAGUUAUUCAAGCAACUGACAAGCUAUUGAGGUAUGUGCUUUUGAAUCCAUCAUAGUUAGCAUUUGUGGUCCUCAAAGUACAUUCCCUUACUUCCUCUCAUACAGUUAUAUAUUUUUUUCCAAUGAUUGAUAUGUACUUAUCCAAUAUUUUGGCAUUUAUUUGAAAUAAGAAACUGCAGUUCAUUUUAUCCAGCAGCACUUUAUUUUGUCAUCUGCAUGGGUUUCUUAUUCCCUCCUAUAUUCAAUUUGUGCACAAAUGUGGACAUUGUAUGUGGUUCCUAAACAAAAUGGUAAAAUGUUUCAUUUAUUUCAUAAUGAUCAUGUAAUGUAGGUAUAUAUAAGAUGUCACUUAAAGUGAUCACUUAAAAACAGUGCACAAAUAAAAAAAAAUAUUAUUAUACUUGGAGCCAUUAAUUGUGCCUUAUUUGGAAUUUUGGACAAUUCUUAGAUGAUUACUACAUAUAUAUAAUAUGGCACAGGUAGAAUGUUGUAAAAAUCUAAUUGAUAGUAGCAGAAAAACUAUAAAAUGAACUUCUUUUCUGUGUUCUAUCCUUCCUUCAUGAAAAUAAGGUGAUGCAUGUGACUUUCAAUUUCAGUUCAGUGUUUUUCCAUUGUAUAAUAUAUGUAAAAGCAAACACUUGAAAGUUUUUAUUAUAAAGAAUAUGUCAUGAAGAACUAUUUUUUCAUUGAAAUCAAGCAGUUAAUUACUCCAUAAUACCAAAGUUUCUACUGCAUCCCAUUUUCUCUUUCGAAUUAGGCCCAAGUUGUGUGUAAAUGGAGUAAAUGCAGAAACUGUUGAUUAUCUGUUUAAGAACCUCUCAAUCAUGAUUGAGGUGGGUGCUCUCGCACUUUAAUACUGGUAUGUUAUCCUCUGUUCUAAAAUUAAACAUUAUACAAAAGUGUAUAGACUUGGUUCUAACCUCUAAGAGAGCUAAAACUCUAUUGUAAUCUUUCAUAUGUUUUUUUUAAGUCUAAGGGUACCCUCUUAAAAAAGAGGGACUGAUUUGAGUGUUUUGAAUGAGAAGUCAUUCAAUUUAUUACUAUUGAUUUUAAAUCUUGUACAUGGUGUGUCAGACUUUACAGUUAAUCUCAUUUGUACAAUUGAUUGUAUCUUUUAUGAUCAAGGACCCUGUGAACUUCUUAUGAAUUGAUAGGUUAACCCUUCAAUCUAGUAGUGGCUGUAUUGAAGACCUUCAUUGAAUGAUCAAAUUAAGCCAGAACAAUUGCAAUUACUCCCAAAGCUCUCCCCUUUAAAAUUAUUGCAGUGUAAUAUUUGCUACCAUCAGAAUGUGAUAAUUAAAAAAAAACUUUUGACCCACAAUUAAGCCGGCCAUGCCAACUCCCUGAUUAGAUGCUCCAUAUUCCUGCCUAAUUUUUGUGGAUAAUAUUCCUAAUUGCAUCUCUGUAAUGUUAAUUAGACUUUUUAGUACUUUGAUAUUUCUGCUAUAACAAGGUAAUUUGGAUGAUUCCAAGGACCUUGCCUAACUUGGUUUUAUCAUUCAUAAGUCACAUUUUUGCAUGGGCAUUUACUCCCAAUGUUUAUUCCUAGUGCUUUGCAUACACAGUAUAUGUCAUGUACAUUACAUACAAGUACUUUUAGAUUUCCUUUCUCCGGAAAAUAGUAAAUAAAUGGCAUGCUUAAUGCUUUUUCUCCCUCA